AAAAUAUGAAGGUUUUGGUUCUCGAGACAGUAGAAUAUGAUGUAUAAGCCCAGUGAAAACACCGCAUGCACCGCUUUUUCUCCAUUCAGUUUUUCAAUGAAUUUUCAAAGUGUUUAGCGAUUCAAAUUAAAAUUCAUUCCGGGUUCCUAACAAUGAUGAAAAAUAACAAAUAUUCCAAAAGAUAUUUGAGGAAUUUCAAAGAGCAAUCGACUAUGAAAACUUUUCUUACUUCAGUUUUUUAAUGAAUCAUUAAAAUGUUUUGCAAUUCAAAUAGAUAUGCUAAUAGGCGGUAUAAUUAUUUAUAAAGUAAUUUUCUCAAAUUAAAUUUUUCUCAAUGUUUGUUCCUGUAUCAAUUGAAAACUGGAAUAUUUUAUAUUAGAUAUUUGCUAUAAAAAUACACCUUCAUAAUAGUAUUCGACUCUAAACAGUGUCAGGAGUUAUACCGUGAUGGGACUAGCCGAUGUAAAGAAGGAAUAUGAGAAAAAUACGAAGUUGAAAAAGGAAGAUAUAGAAAAUUUGCGAUCGUGGGUUCAAAAACAACCCCAUCUUCCUGAAUUGAGUGAACUCCAAUAUAUCCUAUUCCUUCAAAGCACCUAUUACAGCAACGAGCAAGCGAAAAAAGCCAUCGAGAAUUACUUCACUGUGCGUACUCUCUGCAAAGAGCUAUUUCGCAAUGGUGACAUUUUUAAUCCAGGGAUACAGAUGGCGUUAGACGUUGCAGUUAUCAGUAUUCUCCCGAGAAGUGAUCCAAACGGCUAUAAGGUUGUCUUCAUGAGACUCUUGGACACAAACCUCGAUAAAUACCAUUUCGUUGAUCAUUUGAGAAUGUUCGACAUGCUUAUCACCCUGAAAAUGCAUCUCCAAGGGACCAACGAAGGAAUCAAUCUGUUGUUUGAUCUUGAAGGAGUAUCUUUUGGACAUUUAUUGAGAUUGUCGCCAGUUUUAGCCCACAAGUAUCUUUACUACUUACAGGAAGGUCUUCCAAUACGACUGAAAAAUAUCUAUGUAGCAAAUGCGCCCUAUUGGAUAGAUAAGGCUCUGGCAUUCUUCAAGCCAUUCUUGAAGAAGGAACUCUACGACGCUAUUCACAUUCACACUGAUUUAGAGUCACUUUACAAGGUGAUUCCUAGGGAAAUCAUGCCUAAAGACUAUGGAGGAGAAGAUGUCGAUUACGUUAAAGUUCUGGCAGAGAAAAACAGAAAAAUAUUCGAAGAAAAUGAGGAAUUUUUCAAGGAACAAGAGAAACAAAUAACUGACGAAUCAAAAAGAUUAGAAAAACUCGAUAAUUACAGCAAUAUUUUCGGUCUUGAUGGUACUUUCAGGAAACUGGAACUUGAUUGAACGAAUAUUAUAAUGAAAUAAAUAUUAAGAGAA